AAAUUGAAGCGCUGUCGUUUUAGUGACCAGUAAACAAAGGCAAAGUAUGUGUCUGUAAACGGGCACGUGACCCGAGCAGUCGAACGAUUUUCAAAGCUGAAACGUCACCGUCGGUUUAGAAGAAAGAGUGGCGCUGGCGGCAGUAGCGGCGCUGCGCAUCGUUGAGGGAGAGAUAGAGCGAUGGGGAAUCCAAAGCAGAAGUGGACAGCAGAAGAAGAAGAAGCAUUGAGAGCAGGAGUAGCCAAAUAUGGCAAAGGGAAUUGGAAAUCAAUCCAAAGAGACCCGGAGUUAAGCCCCUUCCUCUUCGCUCGCUCCAACAUUGAUCUGAAGGACAAGUGGCGGAAUUUGAGUGGUGGUUCCGGCGGCCAUGGUUCCCGGGAAAAAUCAAGGACGUCAAAGCCCAAAGCAAACUCCGACGGUUCGACUCCGCAGAGCUCUGUUCCUGUUAAGCGAAAUGCCUUGUCGAAACCAGUCGCUGAUGAUUCGUCAAAAAGCUUCGCUUCAAACCGGUACAAUGAAAUGAUUAUCGAAGCUGUAUCAGCAUUGAAAGAGCCAAACGGAUCAGAUAACAGAGCAAUUAUCAGCUACAUUGAGCAAAGGCAAGAGGUGCCCCAAAGCUUUAGGAAGCAGUUAUGUUCAAGGUUGAAAAGGCUGGUUGCAGUAGAAAAACUAGAAAAGGUGCAGAAUCGGUACAAGAUGAGAAAAGAUGAGACAUUUGGGACAAAGACACCUAGCCCAAAUCAGAAAGGAAUGCGGCUUAAGCAUGUAACUUGUGAUUCAGUUGAAGAAGCUUCAGUAACUGCUGCCUAUUUGAUUGCUGAAGCAGAAAAUAAGUCGUUUGUUGCAGCUGAAGCAGUUAAAGAGGCAGAAAGAGUCUCAAAAAUGGCUGAAGAUAUGGAUUCACUGCUACAGUUGGCCAAAGAGAUUUUUGAAACAUGUUCUCGAGGUGAAAUUCUGCUCAUGGCCUAGGAAAUGUGGAUUAACAAUAGAGAUGACCCCUUGAAUUAGAACAUGUACAUAUUGUUGGUAGUGUUUUCUCUUCUUUCUCUUGGGAUGUGACUUGACUAAUUCAUAUGAGAGAUAACUCCCCAGUUAUUUGAAUUUUGUUGCUUCUUGCUAGUGCAGCAAAAAGUUCAAUGUUCUCCAUUCCGAA